AUGUGAAUGUAUCCUCUCAAUUUAUCGAUGUAAAAUUUCAUUUUGAAUGUAGAUAAUAAUAUCGGAAAAAGAGUAUUUCAUUUGUGAUGGACGGUGAUACGAUGAAUGUAAAACGUGCAAAAAUGGAGGAAAAUGAUGAAUUGAUUUCGUCAACAGCUGCUCCGAUAACGUGUAAAUUUUUUGUGAAACGUAAACAGAGAUACUGUCGUCUGACACCGCCAAAUGGUGAAGAAUUUUGUGGUCAACAUAUGCCAGUGACAAGUCUGUCGUCGAAAGUCAUUGAAUCAGAUGAUUUGAAAAUAAACAAAAGCAAUGCACGUGUACCAUGUCCACUGGAUCCAAAGCAUACGGUCUGCGCUUGGAAAUUGCACAAACAUUUAAAAAUAUGCAAUGCUGUUGUAAAAGAUCGACCGUGCUACAUAGUACCCGGAAUGAAUGCCGGAAAUGUUGACGUUGUCAACAAUGAUGCAUACAAAUCAGGUGCACAAACCGAAUUCAAAUUGACAGACAUUGAUUAUGAGACAAUUGAUAAAGUUGUGGCAAGAGUCAACCAACUAUAUGAUUUGCAUAAAAUUGAUGAGAAAAUCGAUGAUUUGAUGGCUAGUCAUCCCUUACUUGCUGCCGAACUGAAUAAUAAAGAAUACGGUCAUGAAACACGGCGGCAUUUGAUACAAACAUCGACUAUUCUUGGGUAUUUAAAUCAUUAUAAACUUUACGAUGACAAGACAAGUUAUAUUGAAUAUGGUGCAGGCAAAGGUCAAGUAUCAUACUGGUUGGCGCAAGCAAUAACCAAUUACCCAAAUUCGAAUGUGUUGCUUAUCGAUCGGGCGUCGGUGCGACAUAAAAAAGACAACAAAUUAGAUGAAACACAUGCAGUUGCGGUGCAACGUAUACGGGCUGAUAUUGCUGACUUUGAUAUCAGCGCACAUAAUUUAAUACAAAAAUCAAACAAAAUUGUCGGUCUUGGUAAACAUUUAUGUGGUGCUGCAACUGAUUUUGCCAUACGAUGUACAAUACAUGGAAAUAAUGCUGCAUGUGAAAAUGGUAACGGUCCCAAAACGAUAGCCAUGUUAAUUGCAUUAUGUUGUCACCAUCGAUGCGAAUGGAAAUAUUUUGUUGGUCGGGAUUUUUUCAUGCAAAAUAAGGUAAGUGAAAGGGAAUUUGCAAUCAUGACUAAGAUGGUUGGUUGGGCAAUUUGCGGUACCGGAUUGAGUCGAGAAAAGCGCAAAGAAAUUGAAGAGCGAAAAGAAUCCAACGAACACACAGACGAAGCGAUUCAAGAAGAAAAUGUUGAUGCCAACAUCACCAACAAACGAGAUCGACAUCAACGCAAAGAAAUUGGCCAAAAAUGCAAACGACUCAUUGAUUUCGCUCGAAUCUGUUAUUUAGAACAAAAUGGUUUUAAAUGCUCAUUAAAACGAUAUGUUAGCUCUGAUAUUACACUUGAAAAUGUUUGUCUUGUUGCAUUACAUGAAACUAAAUAAAAAAAACGUUUUCUUUUUCUUGUAAA